UUGGAGAGAUGAGGAGAAAACGGCAGCCUAUGACAAGCUAGAGAAGACCAAGAAUCAUCUUCAGCCAGAGUUGGAGGAUGUGCUGGUGGACCUGGACAACCAGAGACAGCUGGUUUCAAAUCUGGAGAAGAAACAACGGAAAUUUGACCAGAUGCUUGCUGAUGAGAAGACCAUCUCCAACAAGUAUGCUCAGGAACGUGACUGCGCAGAGGCAGAGGCACGGGAGAAAGAGAAAUGUUUGGCCCUCACUCGCGCACUCGAAGAAUCCCAAGGUUCCUUACGAGAGUUAGAGAAACUCAAUAAGACACUUCGCACUGAGAUGGAAGGUCUGAUCAGUUCAAAGGACGACACGGGCAGAAAUGUCCAUGAGCUGGAGAAGGCAAAACGUGGAUUGGAGGCUCGAGUGGAAGAGAUGACAAUUCAGAUGGAGGAACUUGAGGAUGAAUUACAGACUGCAGAGGAUGCUAAACUCCAUCUGGAAGUCAAUAUGCAGGCCCUCAAAGUCCAAUUUCAAAGAGACCUGCAGGCCAGAGAGGAGCAAAGUGAAGAGAAGAGGAAACAACUGCUCAAGCAGGUACUCGAGUUUGAGACUGAGCUAGAGGAUGAGCAGAAAAUGAGAACUUCAUUGGCAGCUGCCAAGAAGAAACUUGAGGGUGAUUUGCAGGACCUUAAAGACCAAGUUGAUGCAAUCAGCAGGGUGAGGGAUGAGCCCAUUAAACAGCUCCGCAAGACUCAGACACAGAUGAAAGAUUCCCAGAGGGAGCUGGAAGAUGCAAGAGCAUCCCACAAGGAGGUUCUAUCUGAAGCUAGAGAAUCUGAGAGAAAGGCCCGAGCCAUGGAGGCAGAAAUCGUGCACUUACAGGAGGAACUGGCUACAGCAGAGAGAGCGCGCAAACAGGCUGAGCGAGAGAGAGAUGACAUAGCAGGGGAGAUGGCAAGUUGGAAAA